CCGCGGGGAGCGCAGAGGCAGGGCCGGAGCUCUGGAGGAGGGACGCUGGGCAGCGGCUCCCUCCCACCCAAAAACGCUCUCCGCAGGCGCCGGGGCAGCACCCCGGAGACCCCGCGUGAGGCUGCACCGUGCCAAACGCCGGGCAACCCCUGCCCCGGGGCGCUGGCGGUCCUGCGGCUCUGCCCCACGCUCGUCAGCGAGGCAGCAGCCCUAGAGCCGCUGCAAGGUCUCCCUGGGGAGCCCGGCCGCCCCAGCUGCUGCAAGGUCUCCCUGGGGAGCCCGGCCGCCCCGAGGUGUCUUCAGAUGCAGAAGCAGAUAGUCCGGGCAUGGGGCAGGAGCAGCCCGCGGUUCCCUGCGAGGCAUCAGACUCGCCGGAUAACUGGGUCAGACUGGCUCCAGCCAGGGUGACUUCACCUGGAAGAGACACUGAGCCCUGCUCCUCCCCGGCUGAUGAGAGAUUAAUUUAGUUGCUAAGGCAGAGAUGAAUUCAGGCCAUGGGUGUAGGUGCGUAAUUUUUCACUAUCUGGCCAUUAAAACUUGUUUGUCUCCAAACACUGAUUCCAAGAUUGAUGGACUAAUUAUAUCCUGUCCGACUUGGAGCGUAAUUGGUAUCUGCUAGUGCAAUUCUCAGUCCUGAACAGGUUUUCCAUUUGAUAUAUUGCAAACUAGAAACAACCCCCUACAAAAAUUAUUAGGGAUGGACAAACUGGUUGCGAUACUGCACAGUGCAAGAUCCAGAUAGACGUCUCUCUGCAAAACAACCCCACCUGCGACAAUUUCUUCCCCAUGCUUGUUGAUCUGAUGCAACUCCAUCCUUUCCAGGACUCCAGUUUUUCCAUGCUAUAUUGUACGUACUGCCCUGUGACUUGGCCCUUCUACACCAGUCACAUCUCAUCAUACUUGAAAUACAACAAAAAUUAAACAGAGUCUUGCUGCGCUCCUUUAAAACCUGGGGUAUCUCAAAGCACCAGGAGAGGGACCAGCACCCGCAGAAGAAGCUUCGGUGUUUGGGAUGUUUAGAGAAGCUUCUGUAAUUCAGCGUAGCUGCUCAGUACGGAUGACAAUACCCGUAGACCAUCGACGUUACUAGUCUGCUCAUAUUUCAAAGUAAAGAACUAAAAAGUGAAGGCCGAGCUUUCAAGUUAAGAACAACCUGUUGUCUGAUGCUCACAGUAGGGUAAUAUAAAAAUGUCUCUAAGUGUGAUUUUUUUAGAGGAAGCUGUCUAUAGCUACAGGCUGCAGCUAUGGCUGCAAGUACCAGGUUUUGAACAGUCAGUGGCUACGUCCUGGGGUGAGGAGCUGUGUCACAGGUCUCCCCUUAAUUGCCAGGGCUGCGAAUAGCAAGACACCUGCACGUCUCCUCUCUGCACUGCUCCUUUCCCUCUUUUUCAGAGCGAUAACAGUUAUGACUACUUAUCUGUGGAAGAGAAAGAGUGUCUGAUGUUCUUAGAAGAAACUAUUGGCUCCCUGGACGCAGAAGCGGACAGCGGGGUCUCCACGGACGAGACCGACUCCGCGGAGCCUGGGACACGGCCCAGGAGAGACUCCGCUCCCCGGGGUUUGGAAAACGGGGCUCCCGCGCAGGGCGUAGGGCAGCGGCGUGCAGCCGAGCAGAAGGGCCAGCAGACAGCGAGCGCCUUCUCCAGCCCCGCUCCGGCCGCGGGUUCGAGCCCGGGCUACUACAGCCUUCCGAGGAACAUCGCUGCAGCGAGGGCCAGCAACGCUUCCGACGGCAAAGCGACCGCCCGCCCCACGGGGGACCCGGCACCGGCACACGGACCCCCGCGGGAGAUGGCCGAGGAGGAGAGGAUGGAUCGAGCCGGCACAAGCGCUCCGGCCAAGCCGCCGGGCUUGACGUCCAUCCCACCGCCCGAGGCUUUCCAGGACGUCCCGGCGGUGCGCGGGGGGCUGAUGCCCAGCGAGGGCUCGGGUGCCGGCGGGGAGCCGGCACAGCCCCAGACCGCAGUGCCGGACCCCGGCACGGGGAGGGAGAGCGCGGCUGCCGCUCGGGGCCAGCCGGAGAAACCGGCAUCCGAAGAGGACUCGGAGGCCAAGCGCGGGCCCCCGACUGCCCCCAAGCCGAGGAAGCUGCCGCCGAAUAUCAUCCUGAGAACCAGCAGGAACAGCCCGGUGCCGCUCGCCCCGGAGCCCGGCCACAGGGCAAAGUCGCCGUCCCCGGCACCCGCCGGCUGUGCCACCGCGGAGCGGGCGAGCCCGGGACGCCUGGACCCCCAGGAGAGGGAGAAGGCCCGGCGGGAGGCACUGGAGAAGCUGGGGCUCCCGCGGGACGAGAGGGAGCCCGGCACCCCCCCGAAAGCUGCUCCUGCACCCAAACCCAAAGAGGCGCCGGGGGCCGCCGGGGACCCCCACGAGGCGCUCGCCGGCUCGCUGCCGCGGGUCGCUCCGGGCGCCCGGCACGUCGCCUUCAAGUCCAACACGCUGGAGCGCUCCGGCGUGGGGCUCAGCAGCUACAUCUCCGGCAAGGAGCAGAGCGCCAAGAGCAGCAGCUCCCUCGGCAAGAUGUCCUUCAUCGAGAGGAUCGCGCCGAGCUUCCUCCGGAGCAGCCGCCCUCGCCCGGGGUCCCUGGGGACGGGGAGGGACUUCGCCGGCCUCGCGGAGCACCGCGAGCCGGAGAAGGGCGGCAAGCGGCGGUCCCAGGCGCUGCCCGGCUCCUCCAAGGCGGCCGUCAGCGUGAAGAUCUCCCCGCGGGGCACCGCCGCGGAGCACCGCCGCGAGGCCCUCAGGAAGCUGGGCCUGCUGAAGGACUAGCGCUCCCGCCCGGCACCCCCGCGCCCAUCCCGCGGGACCGCCCCGGCCGACGGGGUCCCCUGCACCAGCGUCCCGGCGGGGGACGGACCGGGGCUCAGGGCGCUGCCAGAGGCAUCCGGAGCCUCGUGCCAAAUAAAGCCGCGUCCCCUGCGCAUCACGCCUCGUACGCAGCACGUGCACACGAGUUACGUGCAGCAGCAGGACGCACCUUCUCCUAUACGGUCUCCAGGGCAUCCGGGGGUUGCCGCGGUGGGGAUGCAACGAACUCUGGGUCUGGGCUUACCUUAACGGUCACCUGUGGACAGAGCAUCUGCAAAGAGCCAUGGGACGCUCCCGCGCGCGCCGCGAUGCUGCGGCGGGUUUCCCUGCUCACCUGCCCCCAAAUCCCGGGGGCUGACCUGCACCCCGAAAGCCCAGCAGCACCGUGGGAGCCGGCGGGGGCUCGCGGCGACGCUGCCCCCGGCCUCCUGCCGCCCCACAGCCCCGCUGUCCUCCUCGGAGACGGGAGACGCAGGGACUUUGGUGCAGCGAAGAAGCGGCAGAUCGUGUUACGCAGCAGAACCCGAACUGCUGCCCAAAGCGGGGGAGAGAUGAAAACUUGAGGCAACGCUAACUAUUUUGUUCCCUUUCAAACUCUCCUCCUAUCUAUUUUUUAAUACCCGGCUGAUGCUGUCGGAUUUUACGCUGUGCACCUUUUGCAACGAAGGUGGGGUUUAUUCCUGUAAUAAACUCUUAGGUGAUCAGAAAGCGACUGUCGGGUACAGACCUACCUUGCGCUGCAGCCAGCGGUCCGGCCAGGUCGAGCCAAGGAGCUUCAACCCGAAACGCGCUUUGCGGCGGGCGGGCGGGCGGGCGAGGACCGCCGGCGGGGCGGGAGCUGCCGGUGCCGGUCCGGGCGCGUCGGGCUGGCCGAAACCUGCCGGCUGGGGAGGCAGCUCGCACGCGAAGCCAUGCGCGGGAGCGGGCAGUAAAGCUUCGGUCACGACAUGCAUGCACCCGUGAGCGAACUGCCCCGGAGCCAGGCAGGCUGCACCGCACCGGCGGCUGCCGGGAGCCACGGCUGCCCCGCAACAAGCAUCAGCACAGACACAGAGGAAACACCCGGCUUGGUGUUUUGCACGGACUAUGUAUCUGCUGCGCUGGCUCAGCCGUGCCGCUUCCACGUCUGCACGAGUUUGUCAAGACCUGCUCACCCAAGGAGCAGCACUGGUGCACCCGCCUUUCAGGAGCAAGCGCCGAGGCAGAGGUGAAGCGAAGCUGCAGCCCGCGGGUCCUUCCACCCUGGGCAAGAGCUGCAUCCUCACCGGACGGAGAGCCCCAGGCACCCAGCACGCUGAGAAACCACCAAAGCGGCUGAUGCGGUUUCCUAAGAGACAUCGCCUGUGUUGGGCCGCGCUCUGCAGGAGAGGCUGCUCGUCUCAGUCGCGGAGGUGUGCUGUCGCAUGCGGCCGAGCUCCCGGGCUUUCUCAUGCCGUCUGCACCGGCGGGAAGCAGGGCUCAAUCACCCCUGGUUCAAGGACUAUUAGGACACGUCAGUGAAGCCCCAAAGCGCUUUUGGAGUGCUUUAAAGCAGACACAGGGCAACUGGAGAUUGCUGACAUUGCUGUUAAACUGACAGGUUUGGGACCAGGUCAUGUGUUAUCAGAUUUAAAUAAAGCAUUUGGCUGUAUCGGAGCAAA